UACCGUAUCCAAUCGUUAGUUUACCCACGUUGAAUAAGUAAAAGGUUUCAAUAAUACAGAAACCUUAAGCAGCGGAAUAGCUUUAUAGACUGCCUCAGCUGGUGCCUUAACAUCACAAAAUGGAAAACAACAGCCAGGUGCCGAGCUUUGCGGACGUCCUUCCCAAGCUCAGCAUGCCUGCGCUAGAAAUCUUUUACAAUUAUCUCAAAGGCGAAUAUAUCGCAGGAAAUGCACGCCUGGCGUUCCGCGCCCUGCGCACCGCACAUGACGACUGCGUGCGCCAAUUAGAGCCAAGCCUUGGCCGCAAUUUCAAGCGACUUUGGCGAAUGGGCUGGAUGCCCUCGCUCAAGCCCUGGCCUUGCUGUGAAGCUAUCAGUCUGGGGCUGCGCCUACUAGACAACAACGCUGGCCCAGCAGGCGUUGCAGCGCUAGUAGCGCUACAAUUUACACGGUCGCCGCUGGAAAUCAGGCAAAGAAUUAAACGUGUCAACGUGAGCUGGGAGAUGGACGAUCUCCACGUGGACCUUCAGCCAGCUGUGGCGCAGCUGCCGCUGUUCCUGCCCGCUCUGAGGCAGCUGGACCUCUCCAACGCACUGCCGCUCCUGCACAACCCCUCACUUCUGCAGCAGCAGCUCAUGUACGCCGCACUCUCCACCCUGCCACACCUUGAACAGCUGGCGCUGCCCGGGUAUGCGGCGUUGCGUGGGGUGAGCGGCCUGGCGGCAUGCAGCAGCCUUGUCAGCUUGUCAGUGCUUCGGGUCGCUUGCCUGGAUCCGGAAUCAGAUGCAGAUCCGGAUCGUGGCAACAGGCUAACAGCUGCUUACAUUCACGAGCUGUCCAAGCUGACGCGUCUGCAGGAGCUGCAUCUGAGCGGGUGCAUCCUGUCGGGUGAGGGAGAGGUCAAGGACAAGAACGAGGAGGCGGAGGACGCCAGCAGGAGCUCUAAGAUGCUGCGGCUGCUGCUGGACCGCUUGGCACCCUCCUCCUCGCUGCGGCACCUACGGCUGGAGGACUGCAUGUAUGCGUAUGGCGAGUAUGAAACUGCGGACGCCCAUCUGGAUGCGGGCCGCAUACAGAUUGUCCGGCUGGGGUUUGUGAAAACCAAGUUCCUCACAAGGCACCUGCAUCGCUGGAGCCUCGCCAGGCCUCCGCAGCAGCAGCAGCUGAAGCCACGUCUGCAAAUUCAAGAACUGUACAUAGACAGCUCCCCGCUGUCUGGACCGCAGCUGGCCCGUUCGAGGCAGGUGCUGAGGCAGAACUUCUCAGCAACGGUGGAGGUGCAGUGCAUGGCCUUCGAUCGCACCUCCCUAGAUGCAGUUCUGCAGGCCGUGGAGCUGUUGGGCCGGCCGCAGCAGCUGAAGCUCCGGGUGGCUGGACCCGCCUUUACCUUAGAGUCGACGGCAGUGGCGGAGGAGCCUUCCUCCUCGCACCACGAACCGCCGGGUGGUGGCUCCAUGCGAGAGCUGGGCCCCGCGGCGGCGGCAGGCGGCUGCCUUCAACAGCUGCCGUCAGCAGGAGAUCUGAUGAGGAUCGCGGUGGCGCAGGCGGCAGCGGCUGGGCAGGUCCGCGGGUCUGCGGCUGACAGUAGUGGCUCAUGGGAUGCGCAUUUGCUGUGGGCAAGCGGCCCGCUCCUGGCACCAAUGCUACAGCAGGGGCAGCGAGCGGGAGGGCAGCAUGAGGGGGGGUCACGGCAGCGAGACGAGGAACCUCUCCAGCUGUGGAUGCGCAGGCUGAAUGAGCGGGCGGUGCAGGUGGCGGGGGGUGGCAGCGAGCGCUGUGUGACGCGUUACCAGGAGCUGCCGGCUGCGGACGCAGUGGUGGUGCAGUGCAUGGGCAGGGCGGGGGCGGAGGCGGUGGAGGCAGCUGUGAAGGCGCUGGCGGUGGAGGUGGGGACGACUGGGGCAGCAGCAGCGGGUGUGGAGGCUGCUGCUGCGGGGCUGCAGGUGUUGCGGCUCAGGUCUGAGAGUGAAUUGGAGACAUUUUGCAAUAAGAGCGUGUGUGGAUUGGACGGCGUGUUCGCCGCCUUGCAUCCGGCCGUCCGGCAGGCAUGGGACGGCGCCUGGGAGCCCAGCGCGUGCGGCAUCGGGCUGAGGCGGCUGGAGUGGCUGCUGGCGCUGGGGGAGCAGCUGGACUUCCCGGAGGUUGAAUUUCUGCUGGGGUGACGAGCCGUACUGGAGGCUGUGGUGACAAGCGCCACGCCGGUAUACGGAGUACGUGGUGGCGGGCCGAGCACCGGUAGAUAGCAGCUGGUGGACUGACUGGGGGCUAGGGUGAACGGGUGACAACUACCGGUACUGUAUCAGGUUGGGUAAUCAUGGAAGCGAGGCGCGGGUAGGCGGGGGUGAUGCACCCGGCUGGAGGCGAGCAGCAGGACGACGUGGGCAGCAUGCAUGCGGGCGAUGGCCGGUGAACUGGAUUUGAGUUGGCAAGGCACAUGCAUUAGAGGAGGAGGCGGGUUGCCGCAUAGCAAGUGAGGGUUAUACCGCUACCGAGUCGCGUUGGAGAGGGUGGUCGGGCUGUCAACGAGCUGAAUGAAGCUGGCUAUGACGUUUGUCUAUGUAUGAUGUCGAGUGGCGUCGGGUCAAGGAGUGGGGCCCCACAUCGCCACACGUGCUCGGGCAUGGCAAGAAGGCCGAAAUAAGUGUGAGGCUAGCCGAGGCGGGUUUCAAGGAGCACUGCGUACAUGUCCUUUUCCGUGCAUUUACAUUCGUACAUGUGUAUCCGUACAUGUUUAUCCGCAUACAACUUUAUCCGUUCAUGUGGGAAAUGGCACUCAGGUGUGGGAUAAAAGCUGUGUGCGAGUGAACCGACCGGGCUGUAAUGUUGGCUGGCUGGUUGUUUGCGGGGUGGGGUGUAACAACGGUCCUGAAAAGGCCUCCUAGGAUGCUGUGUAGCCGUAAUGAUUGGUAUUUGUAGCACCCUCGCUACAUGGGGUGGGGUGGCGUCGAUGGGUUACUCGACCGAGUCUUAACCUUAAGGCGGCUGUUGGCGGCACUCUCGCACACCACGAUGUGGUUAGUCCUUUCGCGGCCGUUGUGCUUGGCUGUGCGUGGGUACUGGUGGGUGGUCGGCCUCUGUCGGAAAUGCUUGCCUUACUGUUUGGGAUUUUUGUUGGGGAGGGGCAUGCGGCCCCAAAUACAAUCCAUAAACACUGUAAAGCGCUAACGCGCUUGCAGAUCACCGGUAAGGGACAAUCGUAAGCCCCAGGUCACAUAUGCAGCUGCAACGAGGCCGCAUGACAUCCACAAUUGCCACUACUGCCGCCUUCGCCAGCCCUACCGUCGUUUCACCCAAUUGUACAUGGGAAAACCCUCUCUCAUCCAUGUUUGCAUGCAUGCACGGCUGGCGGCCACCACUUCUGACGUACACGCGCCCUGCAUGUGGCAUGUGGUAUUAUCUGUCGCUAUCAUUGGCCAAUGUUUCAACAUCAAAAUCGCUAACACUGCAGGAUGUCCCCUCAGGCUAUUAUGGAAGCGUCGCUGGGUUUGACUGUUUGUAACGGAUAUGAG